AUGUCGGAGACUCAUGUCACGGUGCAGAAGAGAGCCUACUAUGCACCACCCUGGGCAGACGUUAGCAUUAUUGGUGUGGCGGGAAGCUCCGGUUCUGGAAAGUCGACUCUUUCCCAGGCCAUCGUGAAGAAGCUCAAUUUGCCAUGGGUGGUCAUCUUAUCCAUGUGUCUCUCUCUGAUGGGUGCUGACUGGGAACAGGACUCAUUCUACAAAACUCUCACACCUGAGCAGUCAAAGCAGGCUUUUGCCAACGAAUAUGAUUUCGAUUCUCCCGAUGCCAUCGACUUUGACAUUUUGGUUGAGCGCCUCAGGGAUCUCAAAGCUGGAAAACGUGCCGAUAUCCCUGUAUAUUCCUUUUCCAAACAUCAACGUCUGGAGCAGACAACCUCGAUUUAUUCCCCACAUGUUCUCGUUCUAGAAGGCAUCUUUGCCCUGUACGACCCGCGGGUCCUGGAGCUUCUCGAUAUGGGUAUUUAUUGUGAGGCUGAUGCGGAUACUUGCUUGUCACGUCGAAUUGUGCGAGAUGUUCGCGAGCGUGGCCGAGACAUUGAGGGCUGCAUCAAGCAGUGGUUUGCCUUUGUGAAGCCCAACUUUGAAAAGUUUGUCGAACCGCAGCGAAAAGUCGCAGAUCUCAUCGUCCCGCGAGGCAUCGAGAACCGCGUUGCACUUGACAUGAUGGUCCAGUUCAUCGAGAAGAAGCUGGUCGAAAAGUCCAGACACCACCGAGAGGCGCUAUCGAGACUGGAGGCGGAAUGCAAGGAGCAGCCGCUUUCAGAUCACGUUGUUGUGCUGAAUGGUACACCGCAGAUCAAGGCCAUGAACACGAUUCUGCAAGACAUUGACACGUCGGCCGAGGAUUUCAUCUUUUACUUUGACAGGCUGGCGGCGCUGGUGCUUGAGCAGGCCCUCAACAAUGUCCAGUUUCAGAGCCUGUCCGUCAGUACACCCCAGGGCCACGAAUACCAUGGCCUGGCGCCCAAAGGCGAGGUCAGCGCCGUCAUUGUGCUGCGCGGCGGGUCGGCCUUUGAGCCGGCGCUGAAGCGCACGAUCCCCGACUGCCGCGCGGGCCGGCUCCUGAUCCAGUCCAGUUUCAAGACGGGCGAGCCGGAGCUGCACUACCUCAAGCUCCCGGCAGAUAUUGCGACGCACGAGAGCGUCCUGCUGCUGGACACGCAAAUGGCCAGCGGCGGCGCGGCGCUCAUGGCCGUGCAGGUCCUGGUCGACCACGGCGUGGCGCUUAGCAAGAUUGUGCUGGCGACGUACUCGGCAGGCCGGAUCGGGCUGCACCGCCUGAUGACCGUCUUUCCGGAGAUUAGGGUGGUCGUGGUGAAUGUACUGGCGGAUCAGGAGCAGCGAUGGGUUGAGAAGCGAUAUUUUCGCUGUUAA